GGCGCUCGGGGUUUGUUUCCGGGCCGAGCCGCGGAGCGCGGCCGAGCUGCGGCCAUGGACGAGGACGGGCUGCCCAUCGUGGGCUCCGGCAUUGACCUCACCAAGGUUCCUGCUAUUCAGCAGAAAAGAACUGUAGCAUUUCUAAACCAGUUUGUGGUUCACACAGUGCAGUUUCUCAACCGCUUUUCUACUGUUUGUGAAGAGAAAUUGUCAGCACUCUCUCUCCGUAUCCAGCAAAUUGAAACCACACUCAAUAUUCUGGAUGCAAAGUUAUCCUCAAUUCCUGGCCUAGAAGAUGUCAAAUUUGAAGUGUCCAGUGCAAAUGUGAACAGUGUUACAAAUGGCCCUGUGGCACAGGCUGCUACAGAUCAACAGACAGCUGGAUCACCUCAGUCUGGACAGAACAAUACACAAGAAGAAGGGUUACAGAAAACAGAGGUAGUAACAGAAAAUGUCACAACUGUGGCCAAGGAUCCAAGAUAUGCCAGAUAUCUCAAAAUGGUACAAGUGGGUGUUCCUGUAAUGGCAAUACGAAACAAAAUGAUUUCUGAGGGGCUAAAUCCAGAUCUUCUUGAGACCCCAGAUGCCCCUGUGCCUGCCUGGGGAGACGAUGGCAAAGCAGAAGACAGUUCUGAUAGUGAAUCUUCAUUCAGUGACUGAAGAGACUGAUUCCAGCCUUUGGAAGCCUUUGUUAAGUUCUCUUGUGUUUGGAGCUUUGGCAGACAGUGGUUUUAUCUGAUGGUGUUUUUAAGAUCUAAGAUCCUCCGUGUUCUCUUCUGGAAAGUUUGAACAGGCAGCAUGUUUCAACCUGAACCCUUCCCCCAUGAAAAUUAAUCAAGAGAUCCUUGAUGCAGUUUUUAUACUGCAUCAUAUCAGAUUCGUUUCUGAUUCUGCUGAAAUUACUUUGUAAGGCUCUAAGAAUUCCUCACCUCUAAACCUCCGUGUCUCUAAAACUGCAUUCUAGUCUUUGUUAGAUUUUCUGUGUAACACAUUUAACCUACAUUGCCUUAUUUCUGCCCUAUAACUUAAAUUAACUUUGGAAAAUGAAAGUGCUUCAUUGAUGAACUAUACUUUUUUCUCAAUAUCCUAUAUCUGCAAUGAUGCAACAGGAAUUACAGAUAAGUCUGCUCUCUUACGAUGAUUGCAAAACAGUGAUACUCAGAUUUGAGAAAAACUAAAAUACAAGUGAAAAAUAUGUCAAAACCCAUUUUUAAUCUAUUCAAUGCCACAUUAGAGUCUCUAUGAAGCUGUUAAAGGAACUCCUACUUUUGAAGGGUUGAUUUACCAGGUUCAGGUUGUGGUGUUGUAGAAAGGUACAAAUGUGGCAAGUUUGGUUUGAAAAUGGCACUGGGAAAAAAGCAAGGGACUGGGAGAUGAUUAAUGGAAUCUCACUACUUGUUCAAUGUGGGUCAGUUGAAACCAUUUUCUGACUUCAUUGGCAUUACUCAAAAGAAGCUGUGGCUGAGCAGUUUGCUUAGAAUGAGAAAUCACCUCCAAGUUGGUGCCUUUGCUGAUUAUUUCAACAAAGAAGCUAAAAUUCAGUUUGUUUAAGGAUAAAACUACCUUGGCACCUCUUGAGGCACGUGUUGAGGAACAAUAUUAAGAAGUGCCUGAUGUGCCCUGAAGAUUCCCCUCAAAAUUGCUUGAUAUACUUCAUGACUCAAAAAUGAUAUUUCAUUAAAGAAUCUUCUUUAAUACAAUUUGUUCCACAUGAAAUCCUCCGCAAUCUGUUUGAAUUCCCCAGAUUGUUGUGAUUAUACCAGAAUGCUGUGUGCCAGGCAGUCAUUAACUUUCUGAUAUUUCACAUUCUUGUUGCAACCAAGAGAAGAGUAAAACUGAAGUUUCAAGUAUGUAAGUUUGUUAGGUUUUAUGACUGAGUCAAUACCUUCUCUCCUAGUUAUUUGUGCCACUUCAGUAGGUUACCUGGUUUUUGUGUUUUUUUCUCUAACUUAAGCAUGGCUCCCAUUUCAGCCUAUCAGACAUAUUUAUGCUCUCCAUAACCUGUAAAUCAGAGUAAUGUCUGAGUCCCUACAAAAGCAUACAUGCACUGGAGAAUGUCUAGAGAUGAUAUUUCAAUGAUGGAUUAAUUACUACUGAAAACUUAAAAGUUUAUUUAAUAGUUAACACUUGGUAAAACACAAAAGUAUUAACAUAUUAGCAAUAAGUAUUUCAAAUGUAAAUGUGAUAAUGUUAUUUCACAAUGUAUAUAUUGAAACACUCACGACUUUUUAAAAUCUGUAUUUGAAAACUCAUUUAAGCAGUCUGUAUACUAAAAGCUAUCCUUUGUAAACCAAAGUUGUGAUUUUAUUUUAUUCCUAUAUCUUGUUCUAAACAGGACAAUGAAAAUUCUUCCAAAGUCUCUGCAAUUCAUGUUUCUCCAAAGCUAACUUUGCUGAAGUUGUAUCAACCUGUUAGCUUAAGGGGAGAAUUUUGGAAAUUGGAAUUUGGAGUUAAAGUUAACCCAUGGUGGGUUACUCCUGAUCACAGGAGAACUGAAUAUCCCAUAGCCACUAUUCUAAAAAGAAAAUUUAAGGAAGACUGAAAUUAAUGAGUAUUUUGUGUUUGUUACUUGCAGACUGACAUGAACCUGUGUAAGGAAGUAGCAUGAUUUAAAGAGUUGAAUUGAGAUAUAGUAGCUAGUUAUUUUUCUAAAAAAAUAAGCAAGGUUAUCUAAAGACAUUUAAGAAGGUAGAGCUUUACUUAUCAUGUAAAAGAAUUUUGGUUUAAAAAAAAACUAAAUUCAACUGUCUUUUACACCACUGCAGAUACACUUUUAUGUGGAAUGAAAAAAAAGCCUCUGGCCUACAGACACUUGUUAAAAUAAGGGAUAAUUAAUCAGUAAUUAUGUAUGUCACAGAAUAACAGUUUCAUUAAUAGGGAUUGUGAAUUUAACUUCUUAAGAACUGGAUGAUUUUUUUCAGGGUAGAAGUUUACUUUGGAGUAGUGCAACGUUGGUAAACUUGCAGAAACAUUAAGAAAAAUCUUGCCACUUUUUCUCCUCUCCCAGCUGAAUGAUGACACACUGCACAGAAAAAAAUCUAAAUGUCUAAAUAGUGAGAAACUGGGGGAGAAGAAAGAUAAAACCAUCCCUUUUUACAUUCAGUGUCUCAGCAGCCAUAGAGCUUCCACUGCCUUUGAAACCUCUGACCACUUUAGGCUCUUCUGUUCCUAAAUACAUCCCUUUGCCCUUAGCCAGAUUCAAUCUGAGAUGGUUCUGCUUAGGGCACACGCUGACACAAGAGCUAUUAAGUAUGGGAAGGUUGGUUUGAGACUGAAUUAUGUCAGCUGUGCUGGGGCUCCUUGGUCUGCAGCAGUUUUCUAGAGAUGUGGUGCUAACCCAGAAAGCUGGAAAGUCCUUAACCGCAAGCUAAAUACUAUAAGCAGAGAAUAUUCCAAGGUGCUCAUUAUUUGCCAUCUGUUUUGGGAUAGAAGAUGGAGAGAGUAUUUCAUCUUGGCAGCACAGCAAUCAGAUAUAUGUAAUACUUUCAAGGGAAAAAGCCCAAUUUUAAGAGACUUUUAUUUUUAAAAGCUUCCAGCAACAAUGAACUUUUAGAAGAUACAGUAUACAUUAAGAAGUGUCAGUAAUACAUGUCUAAUAUACUCAAAUUUUGCAUGGAUUAAACUCAUUAUCUGGGGCAGUAUUACAGCUUUUAGGCAUGAAAACUACUGCAGAGUGUUGUUGGAAUAAUCACUGAAUGCAUCUCUUCAUACUAAUUAUGUACUACCAGUAAACUAUAUAUGCUUUGUUGAAACAAACUUUUCUAACCCCAUGACCAUAUUCCACAUUUUGCAGGUGAAUGGGAGUGGAGAAUACAUAAAGGUCAGUUUCUUAAUGGUAUUACAGGCAUUUUAAAUGCAUGUAGAUGCCCUUAGAGUAGUUGCAUGUCUGCAAUUUUGUAAGUAAAACCUUGAAAAACUGUCAAAGGCUAAAACAACAUCUGGACAUGAUGAUAACUUUAUAGUGAAGUUCUGGUUUAGCACUUGUAACCAUUAAUCUGUUCUCUCUCAAGUCUUCUGUUCAGCUACAUUUGAAACGAAAAUUGAUGGUUCUUUUUCCAAGCUGAGUCUCUUCCUCUCUCUUGUUUUUCUUUCCAGUGUGUGUUAUUUACACCAGUGAGUAAGUGUAUAGUUUGACGUUCUGUGAAAAAAGAAAUACAACAAACUAUAGCCUGUACUUGGAAAAAGAGAAUAUCACUAAGAUCAGCUCUUUGAGCUGUGUGUGAUCAGGUCAGCUUUGCUUUCCAUAGUGGUACGCAGCCAGAAACUUUAGUUCAUUGUGGGCUGAAUCUGCCUGGAGAUCCAGCUUUCUCUGAAAAGCCAAUCCGAGGUAACAGUUUUACAACGAAUUUGUAAAUUUGUUCCUGCAGAACAGGACAUGUAUUUUCUUAUUCUUCUGCAGAUGUGGCAUCCUGCUGUCUGAAAUGCCUGCACUGGUGUCCAAAGUGUUACUCUCCUGAUGCUUCAUGUGAUGGUGUCUCCGUUCAGGGCAUUUUGCAAGCAAAACAGAAACUGACACAUAAACUGGAGCCCGAGGCUUGCUUAAUUGUGCAGUUCUGUCUCUGCUAAAAGUCAGUACUGAGUGCCUUAAGGGAAGAUGUGAGGAGCACCACAGUGUUCCUGCAGUCCCUUUUCCUGCCACCAAGACUUCACUCCAGCCACAAGCAGAGAUUGAUGUUCACUACUAAAUUACAAGUUUGUUGGUGCUUCCAAAAAUAAUUUCAUUAAUUUGGGAAGCUGUGGGUAUUGCUGCUUAGUGCUUGACUCACUAACUUUGCUAAUACAAUAUUAUUUUAAGGGAAUUCCAUGGGUUUGUUCAUUAUGAGGGUAACGAAGCAGAAAAUUAAAAUAAUAUUCCUCAUGCCAUACAAAAAAUGAGUGACAGAAACAAGUUUAGUAUAGGAUGUGUCACAUUCUGAAGAAACAAGUUUGAAUAGCCAUAAAUUAAAAUGAACGUCAUUGAGUGAGGACAGAUGCAGCACAAAACACUCUGUUUUAUUUGUUUUCUUUUUUUUUUUUUUUUUUUUUUUAAAGUUAGGGCUGUGUCUUGACCUUAAACUAAUGGAUUAUUUUCUCAUUCAGUAUAUUUCACAUUUUCAGGUUAAUGGCUGGAAAGGAAAAUUCUGAAUAAACAUUCACUUUGUAAACAGCUGAUUUUUUUUGCUUCAGACUUCAAAACUGAAGGAAUGAAACAGUAAAUAAUAGAAUUCUCUGAUUUAGGUAAUACACUCUUUGCCUCUCAAGCUCUCAUAUGUUCUAGAAUAUGUACUAGAAAUCCCUUCCUGGGUUUCACUUUGGCCUCCUGGCCUGGUCUGCAGAAUCAGAAGUUGUAGCAAAGUAAAUGCUAGGCUGGUCUUUGGAAAGAGCUCAUAUCCAAGUGCUGAAAAUACAAGGCAGAACAAAGGGAUCCGAGAGGAAAUUUUUACAUUUGUAUGAACAGUUCUUUUUACAGGUGAUUACCAUCAACUGUUUGAUAAACCUUGUCCUUUAAGUCACUUCUGGUGGUGAGAAGCUGAGUACAUGUGAACCAACCUACUGUGAAGAAUUGGACAGAGGAAAUAAACUUCCGAGGCCCAUUUUAAAUAAUAGCUCACCUAAGAACUGGGAUUAUCCUCUUUGCUUUCGAACAAAUGAUCUCUGGUGUUCAGUUGACUCCAUGCACCCAGCAGAUGGCAUAAUCCUGGUGUGAUUUCCUAUAGCACAGUCCAGGACAUGAGGAAUCCUUCCCCAGUAAGAGCCAGACUGUUCACAAUGAACAUCUUGCAGUGUUGAUUUCUCUUUACUGCGUCCCAACAACUCUUUGGAAAAAAAAGCACUUCUAUGUGCUGAGAUGAUCCUUUGGUCUUCUGGAUCCAGUUCACCUACUUUUAAAGUAGAUUAGAAAUAGGGAGGGAAAUUAAUGGAGAAAAUGAGUUUCCUUUUUCUCAGCUGUUUCAUAAUUUGCUUUUUCCUCUAUUUUUUUUGUAAAAAAUAGAUUAGGUGAAAAAUGGUUCAUAAUGCUUUAUCAUGUGUUUGUUGUGGUUUAGGAAGCUAAUGUUAGAAGCUUGCCUGCCUGCACAAAAGUAUAUGUCAGGAAGAUAAUUUCAAAACAGCUGAAUUCAAUAUCAUGGGUGGGAGUUUAUUAGUAGUAUUUUAUUUACUGUAGCUUCUCCAUGCCACUCCACUUGGCUUUUGUAUUUGCUUCCUCUUCUGUUGUAAAUGUGAGGCUUUGUUACUGUUCUUUCAGCCUCCUGGCAUCCUUGCUCUUCAAUCAUUGUUGAGCUGGCCUAUUACCAGAUUUGUAACCAAGCUCUUUUGAGCUCUUCCGUUUUACAAGAUAACUCUGUGAUGCUUUCUGCAUAUUUUAAUUGUGAAAAGUGUACAUGUGUAUUCGCUUCCCUCAACUUUCAGAAGCUGUUGGCUAGUUUCAGUCACAUGUGAGUAGGGAGGAGAGGAAGGGAUCCCAAAGAGUGGGGUUCUUAUGGAUGUGAUAAAAAAAUAAAUAGCCAAGUAUAAAGGAGAGAUGGUGUAACAGCAUUUGAGCUGAAGCAUCCCUAGCUGAAGCCUUCUUACACCCUGAGUGGUCCAUGCCACAAAGAGGUGUUUCCAGUACUCCGUUCAUGCUUUUCCCCUGAGGCUGGGCCCUCUCAACAGAAACCUUUAACCCUCUCUGGUUGCAGCCUAACUUAGCUACAGGAAGACUCAGGAUGGUUACCUGGGUUUUCUUUAUUCAAGCUGUAUGUCAAUCAGCAGAACUCCACAGCACUGAUUCAUUGUCAGUGAGGUUAUAACCAGUGGCCACUGGUCUGACCAGCAGACAGAGCCAGGGCUGCAGUAAACAGCUUCCUUUUCCCAGCGUCUCCUGUAACGCUUUAUGAGCAUAAGGCUGUGUGGUCUGUAGCCCUGCUGUAGGAACUGCACACGUGGACUUGAAUCUUAGAAACCAAAGCCAGUCAGGCACAUGCUCGAGCUCCCUAGGAAGUCAAAUUCUGUUCAUUUCCCUGAACUCCUUGCUCUAAGUAUACAGUUACCGGAAAACAUUUCAAAAUGUGACCAGCUUGGAUCAGGAGAGACGCCAUGCUUUUGUGGUGACUAAAGCCUUGGCAGAGAGGACAGGAACAAUAGGACAGUUCUCUUUGGGAAUUACUUACAUUGUGCUCACAAGCAGACCAUGCUGUGCUGGUGUUGUGCAAGGCAAUCCUCAGGAAAUCAGGUGGGAGUACAAACUUUCCUUUUGCCGUAUAAACAGUGUGUGUUGCAUAACUGAGCUUGUCUUUCUGCUUUAGGGAUGGUUUUUUCCAUUUCAGUUAUUGUCUGUUAUAUCGUCACACAUAUCAGCCCACCCUGCACUAGCUGUUUUUUCCAGGACCUGUCCCUCCUGGGCAUCCAUCCCUUCGCUCCAUUACAUGUUGCUACUCUCCACAGGAUGUCCUGGCAUUGCAAUGAGCCUCAGCCACCAGCAGCACCAAACACAGCUACCCAUCAUCAGGCCCCUGCUGGCUGCUACUCCCCGUAUUGCUAAUCUCACCUCUCCGGGGGCUGAAUUGCUCAAUCUUGCCCAAGUAUUUGACACUGGGUUCUUUUGUCAGAUGCUUUUGCUGGGGCAGUGUGAUAAGUAAUGGACGUGCUGUCAGGGCAGGCUUUGCCAGAUGACAACAAUGGGGCUCUGCUGACCCAAAACCUUGACUUCAGGAGCCAUGAGCCCCACCUUCCCCUGAAAGGGCUUCCUUUUUGAAAAGAGGUUAUGGUUUUGUGUGUGUGUGUGUGUGCGUGUGUGUGUGUGUGUGUGCGUGCGCGCUGGCUUUUAAUAUGUCUCUGUUGGGCUGCUCACCUACCCUUCCAUUCACACACUGGGCACACAGUCAAGCUAGAGCUACAGUUAAUGUCACACAAUCAACUGAGGUAGCAGCCAUGCUAUUUUGGAUGCCAUGCUUUGGCCAUUUUCCAGUAUGUUUCGUUGUUGUGGGAGACUCCUUAUGACACAGGAAUCACCUGACAAAAGGAAUGCAUGUCGUACAAGAGAAACUUAGGAUCAGCAGUCAUUUACUCAUCUGUUCCAGGUUUUUAUCUGUCAGUUGCAAGCAGUUGUCACCAGUGCAUUUCAUGUCCUUUCUUCAAUGCACCUCAGCUUGGCUAGAGGAUAAGACAGCAUUUCUGAUGUUAGGUUUGCAUAGCAAAUUCACUUUAGUGCCAGUCUUCAGUUAAUAGUUUUGCUUGGCCUUUUUCUCUCUAGCUUACGUAUGAAAACACAGUGAACUGGGGAGAAAAAACCAAAACAUUCAUUGAUGCUUAACUUCAUUCUGGACAGAAUAUUUUUCCUCAGAUUUUGAAAGUUUUUAUUACAUGAGCUCUUUCGUGUCACAACAAAAAUGCAUCCACACAUACGCAUUCUCACAUGCGCAAUCCUAACUUCCCAACAUGUUUAUAUUUUCAGUUCCAAUUUGUAACACUUCAUCUGUUCCUGGGCAAUGCACCUUAUUUAUUUAUGUUCAAGAUCCAAGCAAACAAAAUUCCUUCAAACAUCUUUCUGAAUCAGAGAAGAAAUUGCAGUGAAGAAAAGCAAAACAAUUAAAUUCUCCCCCACUUAUAUGAAAAUUUUACUGAGGCUUGUUUUGUUGCACAGUGUUAUAGUGAAAACAGAUGAUAUUUGAAACUUGGCUUUGAAGCAGGCCUCCCUUCAGCCUCCACAGGCAACCAGACAUUCCCCUUCUGCACAUCACUUCCAACAGCUCUAUCGUGCAAAACAUUUCCCUGUUUAUCCUCCAGACAAAUUACAAUUCCUGGUCUUAAGUCAUUUGUGUACUAAGAAAAACGAUGUGUUGUCAACCCCGGACCCCACUCCUCUUUCUAAAUCCUUUCUUUAUAAAGAAUGAAAUGAAAAGAAGAGACAAUUAAUUCAUUGCACUUUUUUCUUUUAAGAUGUGAGGGUGGCUGCAGUAGGAUCAGCUGCUGGGUGGACAGCGCAGGGAGCAGCCAACACGAUCAGCCUGUGUACCUUGCCUGAUGCCCAGGCUCAGGGAGCAGAGCUUCAGCAGCACUGCUGACACCAGAAGAGCAAAUCCUGCAUUUACCUCCCCUAACCUGUGUUCUUUGUAAAAUGGCUGUGAACUGUUUAGCAAAAUGCUUAGCUUGUUUUGAUAGCUGGACUAAAUUGUAAACAAAUGGUAACCACAUGUUAUUCACGGCAGAAUAAUUUUGCUUUGUUUGGUUUUAUGACAGCAUUUACACAGUAUUUUUUGCAACCUUAGUGACCUACAUGAGGUUUUUGUCUACAAGGACUACUCUUUUUCUUUAAAAACAAAGAAUUAACAAAAUAGA